AAGGGGUAAUCUGCUGGAUCCGAUUACUCGGCAAUAUUGAUGAUGGCUUUCAAUCAUGAAUGGCAGUACCAGGAGGCGGAAGUCUUUGAAAGCCCGGAUGAUCCGGAGGAUGCACCUGACAAGAAUCCCGUUUACUGUCAGCCUCAGCCGCAGGCUGUCUUUGAAGAUGAAGGGAUAGACACCACCGGAUUUUCUGCGAGCGAGGCAUUUGAGCUGUUCAGUACCAAAUCACAUUUGCUGACAGGUAUCAAUUCGAGGUUGAGUUGUGGCAAAAGCAUUAAAAAGAGCAUUCAUCAAAACCAAGCUUCGUCUCGUGGACAAAGGUCAUCUGUGCCUGAGGACUUCUAUGAAUCCCCUGCCCAAAGGUAUUUGCGGCUUCAGAGCGAAAUUCAAGCACUCCAAGAGGAGCUAGAGUGCCUUUGCAGUAAUGAUGAGGGUAGUCUGAGGAGCAAAGGAGGGAGCACAGUCUCAAGCAAGGAUGUGGGGCGGUUGCAGCAGGAGUUAUCAUCCUUGGCAGAAGAUAGACGAUGGAGAGUGCUUCUGAACCCAUUCAUGUCUGAUCCUUCAGUAAUGGAGUCCUUUGAGCUUCAACACAUGCUCUCAAAGAGACUCCUCAGUGAACUGGAGUGUGUGAGAGCGAACACAAAUGCAGUCAACAAGGAGGAACAAGCUUCAGCAGAUGCAGAAGAUGUGUCUAAGGAGGCAAAGAAGUCACCCGCUGUUACAUACGAAGUGUAUUACACGCCUACAACAGAUGUGAGUGUUGCCCAAGUGAAGGAGCUGAUGGAUCUUGAGAGGAGAAUCACAAGGCUUGAGAAGUCUGUGGGGGGUCAGUUCUCUCAGGGUGGAUCUUUGCUUGAUCUGCAUGCAGGAAUGCGUGAUUUGGAGAAGAAGAUUGAUAUGCUGGACCCACAAAGACUAGCGGCCCUCGACGGAACACUAGAGAACCUGAAUCUGAAGAUGGCAGCCACUUUGGAAAUGAAGCAAGAACUGGCUGAGAUUGACAGCUCAACAACAACUGAACUGGAUGAAAAGGUGAAUAGGAUCUUUGAGAAGAUGGAGGAGUGUGAGGCAGAAGCAUCUCAACUUCCAGAAAUUCUGGAGUUCCUUCAGCUAACCAGCACAAUGUAUACGAAGAAUUUCACUUUGUGUGAACAAGUGGACAGAAUCCAGCAUGAGCAGAAUCAUAUCGUUAACUCCAUCAGACUUCAGAAGGAGCUUAUCCAAAAGGCUGUACCAGGACCAGAUGCUGGGGCUUCCAGCAGUGCACCCCCUAGCCGCCAACUGGAGGAACGCGUUGACCACGUAGUGGCAAUGCUCAGCGACAUCAGCACCUUCGCUGCGCCGACCACCAUCAGCAGUCAGCUGGAUGCAUUGAAGACCGAGGUCCAGCAAUUGCAGUCGACGAACACGGAUGGCAAUCCAAAGCAAUACAAGAUGCCAACUUUUCAACUUGAGAGGUUCGACGACUACACGCAUCAGGACCCGGUGCUCUGGUGGGAAGCAUUCACGACGCAACUUCAGAUUCUGCCUGUCGCCAAACACGCGUCAUGUGCUGCACUGAGCCAGGCACUUGGUGAUCGCGAGCAGUAUGCAUCUUUCGCCGAAAUCAUUGACAAGGCAAGAGAGAUCAUCAAGACCAACAGGUCAGCAGCACACGAGAAGUCCACGUGGCAGCCAACCUAUGUGGAGAAGGUAAGAACUGGUCCGCGACAGCAGCAGUUCGCUGCAGUCCAAUUGGACAGUGGAGAAGACCCAGCAGCCACUUCAGCAUCACGUGAGGGAGAUCAGGUGGCUGCUGUCCAGCCACGAAGCAUCAAGCCCCGAGUGAACGGGAAGGCGAAACCAGCAUCGCAGGCCGAAAACGGACAGCCAGCACCACCAUGGGUCAAGUUCGGCUUGACCGAGACCGAGUACAAGUACCGCAACCGUUACGGCUGCUGUUACUGGUGCAACAGCACCAAGCACAAGACCUCCAUUUGCCAGGAUCAGGCCAAGGAGGAUGUGCAGUCUCAUUCGGCCGCCUUGCUAGCGGCCUCCUACACAUCUGGGGAGGAUGCGCAUGUCGCAAGUCCUUGGUACACUUACGAGGAUUAUGCUGUCCAGUUGGUCCCACCGCUGGACCAACCGCUCCACGUGCAAUACUCUACCGCAUGCACGGUUUCAUCACCAUCGGCAACGGAUUCGGCAGCUUCGUCGUCAUCUACCGCCGGGGAUUCAACGUCAUGGUCAAGUCUUGAAGAACUCAACCCGUUGACUUUUGAGGACUUCCAAUGGAUGCCCCUGCCUCAGUCCGGUCGAUUGCCGAAACCGCAUUGCAACGUGCUCAAAGCACAAUUGCGGGAUUACUUGCACACUGCAGUACCGACUCCGUUGAUGGACGCCGGAGUAGAGGUUGUCGACCUUUACGCCUACAUUGCGAAGAUCGACCGCGAGUUGAAGACGCAACGGUACGACGACAUCGACGCACCAUUGCUAUAUGUACGCAUUCAGAUCGGAGAGGCGACCUGCAGCGCUUUGUUCGAUUGCGGAGCAUCUCGCAACUACAUGAGUCAGGACUUCAUGGUACGCGCCGGCCUUGGCCCACGAGUCCGAAGGAAGUCCCAGCCCACGCAAGUCACUUUGGCGGAUGGUCACACGCACAAGUCAAUCGACCGGUGCAUUGAUGACGUCCCAGUAUACUUUGCCCCUCACGCAAGUGAGGCGGUGUCCUUCGACAUUCUGGACACCAAAUUCGACAUGAUAUUGGGCAUGUCAUGGCUGCGAAGCGAGGACCACCCGGUGAACUUCUACCGCCGCACCGUUCACGUUCGUGAUCGGAACGGAGUACUAGUCCCAUGCACGGUAGCUCCUCCUCACCCUUCAGUUAGCUGUCACGUGGUAUCCGCCGCAAGCAUGCGAGCUUCCAUCAUCAGAGACGACAUCGAGGAGAUGGGGGUGUGUUUUCUCCUCGCCCUCCCGCCCCAAGACGCGUCAUCGACGGACUCAUCUUCGGAUCCACGCAUCACCGAACUUCUCGACGCCUACAGCGACGUGUUCGAAGGCCCGCACGGAGUAGUACCGGAUCGACCCAUCCGCCACAAGAUCAUCCUCGAGGACGGGGCCGUACCUCCACGCGGUUGCAUCUACCGAAUGAGCGAGGAAGAGUUAAGUGUGCUUCGGGCACAACUCGACGACCUUCUGGAGAAAGGCUGGAUUCGGCCUAGCUCAUUGCCAUACGGUGCUCCUGUUCUCUUCGUCCGGAAGAAGAAUAAGGAUUUGCAGUUGUGCAUCGAUUAUCGCAAGCUCAACGCGCAGACGAUCAGGAACGCCGGCCCUCUCCCACGCAUCGACGACCUUCUCGAACGAUUGGGCGGCGCCAAGUUCUUCUCCAAGCUCGAUCUCAAGUCGGGAUAUCACCAACUCGAUAUUCGCAAGGAGGAUCGCUACAAGACCGCGUUUAAGACGCGAUAUGGGCGUUUCGAAUGGCUGGUUAUGCCAUUUGGCUUUACGAAUGCCCCGUCCACUUUCCAAGCGGCUAUGACAACGGAGUUCCGACACAUGCUGGAUCGAUACGUACUUAUCUACCUCGACGACAUCCUGGUGUACAGACGGAGUUAGGAGGAGUAUGUGGAACACCUGCGCACCGUUUUGGAGCGGCUACGACAGGCCAAGUACAAAGCCAUCCGCGACAAGUGCGAAUUCGC